AUGCAAAUAAACAAUCACCGUUUAUCAUCAAUCGCAUCACCAAUACUUACAAGCAAGAACAUCAAAAGCGCAAGCGGAGUGAAAGUGACUGUAUGUAGAGAAUCGGACGUCAUGGACGACAAACUCUACGUAGAAUUACACGUAUUCGAGUACGAAUCACUAUCAAAUUUCAUCAAACCUGUGACAAAUACUCCGUCCACCAGCAUUUCUCCGUCUAAACGCUCCAGGUUAUCUCAGUUAACAAAAGAAACAAUAAACACACCACCAGCAUCGAAUUCCACAAAACAAGGAGAAACUUCAGAGAACCCUUCAAGAAAUCAAGACGCGUACCUUAUAGUUGACUCUGUAUCUCAUAACUGUGUUAUAAUUUACCGUGGAGGAGAUAAAGAUUAUCAACUAUGGUCUGGAUGGAAACUAAGUGAUGCUCAAUACAACCAUGUAACACAACCACCAUUCAAAUUACGUGCAGUCGUACUUACAGUAUAUGAAGACAUCCUCGAUGAAAUUGCCAACUCGGAAGUUGAAAGGGAUGAUUUACUUGACCGAUUUUUAGAAGUUUACUUGGAUGAUAAAAACAGUUAUGGUGAUGAAGUAUAUAACCAGAUUGCGGAUUUUUUUGAACUGGCUGAAAGUUACAUUCCAUUAUCGUUUGAAGGAAGAGAUGAAGUGAAGCCGGAAGACAAUUAUGAACUUGACUACGAAAAAAUAAAGAAGAAGGCAAAAGAUAUUCUGGGGGGUACUUGA